GAGAGAGAGAGAGAGAGAGAGAGAGAGAGACAGAGAAAUGCAAAGGAACCCUAGGCCUGUGUUACUGUGGGUUAAGGAGGUGACGACGACGAGAAGACUGUCUACAGUAACGUCUUCGAAUCAGACUAAGCCGUCAAUCGGGGCUGGCAUUCUAAAAGGAUCGAAAGAGGCUUCUUCUCUGUAUCACCGAAUCACAGCUUUGGGCUCCAACAGCGCAGGCGUGAUCCAGACACUGGACCAGUGGGUGAACGUUGAGCGCAAGACCCUGUGUACUUACGAUAUCACCUGCUUCAUCAAUCAGCUUCGCAAGUACAAGCAAUUCAAUCACGCCCUCCAGCUAUUGGAAUGGUUGGAAAAGAAAGGUGUUUGGUUAUCACGAAGUCACAAUGCAAAGAAAAUAGAUCUCCUAUACAGAACCAAGGAUAUUAUGUCAGCAGAGAAAUAUUUUACGGGGCUCCCAAACCCUGCAAAGAACGAGUACACUUAUGCGGCACUUCUGAACUGUUAUUGUAGAGAGAAAAUAAUUGAUAAGGCAAUGGAACUUGUCAAGAAGAUGAGGGAACUAAACUUCGAUGCAACAACUUUUGCAUAUAACAGUCUGAUGACCCUAUACAUGAAGUUGGGUGAACCUGAGAAGGUUCCCCUUCUGGCACAAGAGAUGAAGGAGAGACAAAUAGUGCCAGAUCUUUGUAGUUAUCAUUUGUUGAUGAGUAGUUAUGCUUCUUUGAAAGAUACUGAAGGAAUGGAGAGAGUUGUGGAGGAGAUGAAUGCAGGGGGAAAGAUUGAACCUCAGUGGUCUGUGUACGCCAAUCUGGCUUCCAUGUACAUUGCAUCCGGCCUAUUUGAGAAGGCUGAGUUGGCUCUUAAAGAGAUUGAGAGAAGAAAAAAAAGUAUGGAUCGACUUGCCUUUCAUUUCCUCCUUAGCAUGUAUGCUAGUAUUGGCAAAGCAAGUGAGGUUAGUCGCGUGUGGGAAACUUUAAAAUCUGCAUUUCCAAGGACUACCAACCUUAGCUAUCUCACAAUGCUUCAAACCCUUGCAAGACUGAAUGAUCUGGAUGGACUCAGAAAUUGCUUCAAGGAAUGGGAGUCAAACUGCUUGACCUAUGACAUUCGGUUGGUCAAUGUUGUCAUACUUGCUUACCUUAAGCGGGAAAGGAUUGAGGAAGCUAAAUUACUUAUUGAAGGUGCCAUAAGUAGAGGAUCGAAGCCCAACUCUGCAACUUUCAUGAUGUUUGUAGAUUUCUAUAUGAAAAACAAAUGUAUGGAUUUGGCACUGAAGUUUUUGAGGAAAGCUAUUCUAGAUGUGGAGGAGCAUGAAUGGCAGCUGUACCAAGAAAGAGCACAUCAGAUUAUGAAGCAAUUUGAGAAUGAAAUUGAUGUUGGUAGCACUGAGGAGCUCCAGAAGAUCUUGGAGCAGGCUAAGCUUUUGCAGAGAAGACUUUGAUUUGCUGCUGGGAAGGUCAGAUUUGCCAGUUGAGGAAAGCAGAUUGCAAUGGUCGUCUCUGAGGCAAGUUGUUUAUGUUCGCUGAUGGAUCAUUCUUUUGAGGCUAUACUUACUUUUGAUGAGUGAAAACCAAGCAAGAGAUGUUGAAAGCCACUUUCAUGAAAUGCAUUUCAACUCGAUUCCCAAAUAAGAAAAAUGCCAGUUGGCACAAAUUCUACAGAUACUCAGUGAAAUUUAAAGUUUGUCGAUGCUAGAAUUAGUUUACUCAUGAUUUGAUGACCACGAAUGGAAAUUGCCAUUUUUU